UAAUUUUGAAGAUGAUAAUUCCAUGUCUAAUUAUGGUGACAUUGUUAUCUUCUUAUGCAUGUGAUGGUCUUCAAACACCAAGUUCCUCUCCUUACAACCAAAUAGAAGUAGUUGAGAUAAGAAACAACUUGGAGGAAAAAGUUCAACUAAAAGUUCACUGCAAAUCGAAAGACGAUGAUCUUGGUAUUCGAAUUCUCAACUUCAACGAGAGUUUUUCUUUCACUUUCUUGCGCAAUAUUUUUCAGACGACUCUCUUCUUUUGUGGGUUUAGAUGGGAAAACAAGUUCCACUGGUUUGAUGUUUUCACUCCUGAUACACCUACAUGUGUGUACCCUACACCGUGUUUGUGGUUUGUCAUUGACAGUGGACCAUGUAAAAUAGAGUACGAUUCGGGUGCUUUGUAUAGUUGUUAUCCUUGGAAUAAAGACUCUUUACGUUCUAAGAUGAUUGAAUCAAAACUUGUUCCUCAAUCACUUAUUUCUACUGCUCCUACUCCGUAUUAAAUAAAUUAUAAAUAACGGGCGGGAGCAGUUUUGCAGCUGUAUUGAGCAGGUUGGAAUCAAAAACCCAAUAUAUAGUAUUAGUAUUUUGAUUUUUAUUUUUGGUAUUUAUUUCUCUUGCAAAUCAAAGACUUGAUCAUGGAUGCACAUUAUUGUACUAGUACUUUUGAAUGGGAAAAUUUGUUAAUAAUAAGAGGAUAAAUUUCCAGAAUUAAUAUUACCUUCUUCUUCAUCUCUUCAUUUGAUUAUAUGUUUAGGUCAUAGAGUUUUAAUUAUGAAUUCUAUUUUAAAAAAAUAUAUAUAUAAUUUAUGAGUUUAGUGUGUGCAUUAUACUUUAUUAUGUCACAAAAUUAAGUGUUUUUUUUCGAAAAAAAAAAGGAUUAAGUAUGUGUUUGCUAGAAUCAUGUGUGAAAUGGAAAGGCUAUUUAUUCGGUUUGGCUAGCGAAUCUAGUACUGGUCCCAAAGCUAAAUAGAACGUGGAGAAUGUGCAUUUUUUCACAGACUUGAAUAAAACUUGCCCGAAAGAUUGUUUUUCCCUUCCGCGAAUCGAUCAGAUGGUAGAUUAUGCCACAUCAG